CGCAGGCCCGGCGAUUCGAUCUAGAGGGCGGUGCAGAACAGCAGAAGGUGGCAGCGUUAUUCUUAGCACUUCGAGCUCUCCCCACACACGCACACAGACACAGGGCUGGCAGGAAGUGUGUGCCGGAACGCAACUACAACUUGUUGGCUUUCACCUACUUUUGGGAAAGAAGGAACGUUAUCUGAGGCAAGGACAUGGGAGAAAUGGCCGAGAGGUAACUCCUCAUGUUGACUGUCCCAAUAAUGUUUCACUAGGUGGAGAGUGAGGAGCCGUUCUCCUUCAGUCACCAUGCUGCCCGGCGUCGGUGUGUUUGGCACCAGUUUGACAACCAGGGUCAUCAUCCCUCUGCUCCAGAGCCAAGGCUUCCCGGUGAAAGCUCUGUGGGGGAGGACGCCAGAAGAAGCAGAGGAACUGGCGAAGGAGAUGGACGUUCCUUUCUACACCAACAGGAUCGACGAUGUCUUGCUGCACCAGGAUGUGGAUCUGGUUUGCAUUAACCUGCCGCCUCCGCUGACUCGCCAGAUCGCUGUCAAGACGUUGGUUUUCGCUCAAACUUCCCUGAUAAAGGGAACUCUUCUGUAGGAAGGCGGCAUUGAUGGGCUCUGGAGCAGUAGCGACAUCUUCAGAGGCAGCGUGGCUACAGAUUCGGCCAGCUUGUGAAGCUUGGAACGGGACUUUCACUUCCAUGUGGAGUGGGCCUCUGGAAGCGGCAUGACAUGGGCUGGUGAAGCUCUGAGCGAGACUCUGGCGGCUGCGUGGCAUGAGCUGGGAAGCCUGGAGUGGGAUUGUAGCAGUGGAAAAGGAAAUGUUGGACUCUCUUUAAGUUAUCUUUCUUUGCUUUUUGUUUUAUUUUAAGUUAAUGUGAAUGGAGCCAUUGCAUGGCAAUGGUACACACUUUUCACUGUAUUUUAUAUUAAAUGCCCAUGACAAUAAAUGAUUCAAUUCAAUUCAAUUCUUCUAA